AUGCCAUCCCCUCCCCCAGACUGGGUCAAGGCCCUGAAGCCCGCAGGCCCGCAGGGUUCCGAAUUGCUCGCCCAAGAGCGGGCGCAAUCCAAUGUCAAUGUCGAGAAGCUGUCCGAGCUGCUGCACACCAAGGAGGCUCUGGAGCGGCAAGAGAAGUUGCUCCAGAUGCUCCAGCCCGAGAAGGUCUUCGAUAAGUCGCAGAACCACACCCUGGGCCGUGUCGAGCGCCUGCAGCGGUCUCUGGCCAAGGCCAAGCGCCUGCAGCAGCUGGCCGAGCAGAACAAGUGGUCGAUGGAGGAGCUCCACGCGGCCAACGAGCUGAUCGGAGAGCCCACCCCCUAUGGCCUGCACGCCAGCAUGUUCCUGGUCACCCUCCGCGAACAAGGAAGCCCCGAACAGCACAAGGUGUUCCUCGAGCGCGCAGAGAAGUACGAAAUCAUCGGUUGCUACGCUCAGACGGAGCUGGGUCACGGAUCCAACGUUCGCGGCCUCGAGACCACCGCCACCUGGAACCCCAAUGACAAGACCUUCACCAUCCACUCGCCCACCCUGACUGCCUCCAAGUGGUGGAUUGGCUCUCUCGGUCGCACUGCCAACCACGCCGUGGUGAUGGCUCAGCUCUUUAUUGGUGGCAAGAACUACGGUCCUCACCCCUUCGUGGUGCAGGUCCGCGACCUGGAGACCCAUCAGCCCUUGGAGAACGUAUAUGUGGGUGACAUUGGUCCCAAGUUUGGCUAUAACACUAUGGACAACGGCUUCCUGCUGUUCAACAACGUCAAGGUCCCCCACAGUAACAUGCUUGCCCGCUUCGCCCGCGUCGACAAGGAUACCAACAAAUAUGUCCGCCCCGCCACGCCUUCUGUCAUUUACGGGACCAUGACCUGGGUGCGCUCUAACAUUGUCCUGCAGUCUGGUGGUGUCCUCGCACGCGGCGUGACCAUUGCGACUCGGUACUGCGCUGUGCGGAGGCAAUUCCAGGACCGCGAUGCCGAUGCCAGCGCUGGUGAGAACCCGGUGCUGAACUACAAGAUGGUGCAGAUCCGCCUGCUUCCCCUCCUGGCCUCCAUGUACGCUCUGCAUUUCACCGGCCGCGGCAUGAUGCGCCUGUACCAGGAGAACCAGAAGCGCAUGAAGGCGGCUGCUUCCCCGGACCAGGACACUCGUGGUGCUGGCCCUGAGGAGCUCCGCGCUGGUGCCGACCUGCUGGCAGAUCUGCAUGCCACCUCCUGUGGUCUCAAGGCUCUGGCCAGUACCACUGCUGGUGAGGGCCUCGAGGUCUGCCGUCGCGCCUGCGGCGGUCACGGUUACAGCAGCUACAGCGGUAUUGGACCGUGGUACUCUGACUACCUCCCCACCCUGACCUGGGAGGGCGACAACUAUAUGCUGACCCAGCAGGUCGCUCGCUACCUGCUGAAGUCCGCUCGUGCUGUCCUGUCGGGCAAGGCCGCCGACAACGACACCUGCCGCAUCCUCCGCACUUACCUGGACCGCCGCGAGAAGGGCGCCUCGUUCGACAUACUCGAGGAGGAUGCCGACAUUGUGGCUGCGUUCGCCUGGCGCACCGCCCACCUCACCUUCGAGGCCCUGAAGCACCGCGAUGCCGAGAAGCGCUCGUGGAACAGCCUGCUGGUCAACUUCUGGCGCCUGUCAACCGCCCUCUCCCAGUACACAGUGGUCAAGAAUUUCUACGAGGCCGUCACCUCGCCGGAGCUCUCACAGUCACUGGACCAAGACACCAAGACCCUCAUGCACCAGCUUUUCCGCCUGCACGCCCUGCACACCCUGGAGAGCGAGGCAGCCGAGUUUUUCUCCUCGGGCGCCGUCACCGUCCGCCAAAUCACCCUGACCCGCACUACCGCUGUGAUCAAACUGCUCGACCAGAUCCGCCCGCACGCCGUGCGCCUGGUCGAUGCCUGGGCUAUUCCCGACUGGCAGCUGGAUAGCAGUCUGGGUCGGUAUGAUGGCAACGUGUACGAGGAUCUGUUCCGCCGGGCCAGCCAGGAGAACCCCGUCAACGACCUGGUGUUCGACCCGUACCCGUGGAACGCGGCUCUGCUCAAGAACGAGCCGCCCAAGAGCAAGCUCUAG